AUGAGCUACCGCAAACCUCCAGCAAAAAGACUAGACCGCAAGACACUCAAGGCAAUGGGCUCUAGCCAGACUUUCCAGGAGCUCAAGGCGUUGGCCCUUGCUUCUGCAAAUACGCGUCGUCCAUCUAUCACCACCGAUGUGAAAAACCCACCGAAGACGCCCGCUGCACGCGUACUACAAAGCCUCUGGAAGAAAGUGGUCGCACUGCUGAUGUCAGAUAUCGGAGUCGACGAAAGUUUCUUCGAAUUGGGCUGGAACUCGAUACAGGGUAUGCGACUUGCCACCCUCAUCUCUGCUGAAGGUAGACAGCCCAUCAGGAAAAACACCUCUGCCAUAUUCCAAAAUUUACGUCUGAAGGACAUGGCGGUGCUUUUAGAGUCGCAAGUACUCCAUGGUAGUACCAACUGCCCAACUGUCGCUGCUACUACUAUCAGUCCAGAGCUCCUCGACUACUGUGCCACGUCCCACAUGCUCGCCGCAUCCGCCGUGUCGCCAAAUGCGUAUGUGGCCGAGCACGUAUGGGCUGUACCUCUGGACAUCAAUGUCAAGAGAUUCAAGGAUUCUUGGCACCAGACGAUCGACCCGUUCGAUAUCUUGCGAACUGAGUUCGUGUCAACUCCAGCUCAUGGUACACUGCAAGUUGUAGCGAGGCCCGCUGCUACAUCAGCUGGUCUGGGUGUUUUUGAGGAUGCAUACUCGCACAGUGAGCAAAGAUUGUCCUGGCUGAGACUUAUUUCGCUCGAUGACGGAGUGGGAAGAAGGCGGAAGCUAGUCUGGCGCGUCCACCACGCGCUCUUCGACGACUGGACCCUGCUCAUGGUCCAGCAAACGGUUUCAGGCUUCUACGACGACAGUAAAGUUCCUGCUCUUGUGCAAUUCAAGCACUUUAUCGAGUACCUCCAAAGUAGCGACAGCGACACCUCUGGGGGCGCUCAUAGCUCGCCGCUUCUACAAGAUGGGUGA